UGAAAUAAAAAUGCAAGAGAACUAGUCAACAUAAAAUAUUUUCCAAAAAGAAAAAUUAAGACAAUAAUGUCUCUAACACAAGAUAUCAAACAAUUAAAUUAUUAAACAUCUACAUUUCAAAUUAUGCUUGCUCUUAAUUUUUUAAAAAUGUUAUUUUAAACCACAGCUUGAUUGAAAUUUAUAACCGGAUAUCAGCCAGCAUUGCAGAGAUUAAAAGUACUAUAUAAAUGUACAUCGAUUAUAUAUUCCAAAUUUAGAUACAAAAUACAUAAGGAAAUAUUACACUUUGUAUAUAUUUGCAAUCCAACAUCUCGUUGUUCUGGUGAAUAAUAACCUUUAGGAAAAUCCGAAAAUUUCUGCAUGAGAUAUGGAACGGCGUAAUAAUGACGUGCCUGUUGUAUUCUUACUCGAUACAUCAAGCAGCGUGAAAGGGGAAGGUAUCGCUCAAAUAAAGGAGGCCUUUCGAUCAAUAAUUAAGGGUUACGCAGAUCAACCCGUUGUCAACCACAGGGUUGCUGUCAUAACGUUUGGAAGAGAAGUUAAGAUUGUACAAAACUUCUCCAAUGAUUACAAUGCCAUUUUACACUUACUAGAUGACAUAGAAUGUGAGGGACCAUCACCGUUAGGAAAAGCACUUAUAUUAGCUGCCAACGACUUGUUUACAGGAAACCAAGGUUUGAUUGGACCAUUUUCCAUUAGGGAAAUAUUAGUUAUCAUGACCGGGGGACAUGCAACAACCACUGAGGAUAUCACAAUGGACAGUGAAAUCGAAAGAGAUGAAAAAGUGGCUGUACUACAAUUAUUAGGAAGUCUGCGUAAAGUGUAUCACAUAGUGGCUGUGCCGGUUGGAAGAGAUCCAGACAUGUGUUUCUUAGGGUCAGUGGUAUAUUCAUCAAAGUGUGGAAAACUUUUAAAUGUCGAAGGAACUGCACAGUUUGCAAGAUAUUCUAAUAAUAUGAUAAUUGCAUCUGAAAUAAUUGGCAAAAUGCCAACAGUUGAUUAUUCUAUGGGUGAUGUAACAGCAGCUGUGAUUGCCUCAGAGGGACCCGGAGUCACAACAGAGAAAGAUUUAAGUGAUAUAUAUGAGAUAUUGACGAAUAGAGAAGCAUAUCAGAUGAAUUACUACUCAAGGGACUCCAUUGAAAAUGAUUUAUACGGUGAGAAGGAUUCUAAGCUCCCACCCAUAGGGACACGUGUUCGAAGAGGAUUACAUUGGCCAUAUUUCGGGCAAGAUUCGAAUAGGUCUGGAACAGUCAUUGGACAUAGGCCUGAUUAUCAUAACGUUUCUGUUGAGUGGGAUACAAGCAUGGUAUUUCCUUACCACUAUGACACUGAUGGUAAUGAUCAAUCAUCCCAUGUUGUCGUCUGCGACGAACCUAGAAUUCUACUACAAAGAGAGAAUAUUGCUGUUGGAUGUCUUGUUAAAAGGGGUCCAGACUGGAAGUGGUUUGAUCAAGAUGGCGGGGAGGGUAAUAUUGGAUCUGUGUACAGGGUGAAAAAAGACAAGACCGUCCAUGUACGAUGGCCUAAUGGUAAAAAAAGUAACUACAGAUUUGGAUACGAAGGGAGAUAUGAUGUUUCAUUAUGGUCUGUUAUUAACGACCCUUUUGACGAAACUACAUUGAGAAGAAUGAGAGAACAACAUAACUCUCGAAAAGAUAAUUCAAAAAUGGUGGCUGCAAAUGAUGGUACUAGAAGCAAAACCAACGAAGAAAGUCUAGUAAAUGCAUUGUCUAGCAAAAGUCCUAGAGACAAGAAUAAAGAAAAGACGCAAGUUGGUAAAAACUUGCCAGAAAAGGAUAAGUCAGCAGAGGGAUGUAAAAGAAGCAGUCCAACAAUUGAGUAUGAAAUCGAAGCUUUGAGAGGAAAGAAUGCAACACAUUGUAACUUUAGUGAUAAACCUUGUUCUUGGGAAUGGAAGACUAGACACGGCAAAUGGGUGUCGUUUCCAAAAUCAGAAAACGAUAAAAUUCAAAAAGCCUUUGACAAAAAUAGGAAAGGUACUGUUCUGGUGAAGAUAGAUGAAGACUUGUAAGUAAACGUUUUCCAAGUUGUAUAAGAAAUAUUAGAAAUUUUAUUAGAAAUGUUUAUACUUGAAAUGAUUUUUUUCAAAUUUUAUAAUUUAAUAUUUUUCAUUUUAUUUAAAGAUAUAGAGUGGUUUUUUCCAAAAUGAUUCAGAUCAAUAUCAGCAACAGAGAUUCGCUAGAAAUCAGACGCCUCAGCUGAUUUUAUAUCGAUGCCGUCAAGGAUUGCAUUUCAUUUCGUCUUUACUUAUAUGCAUUAAAUGUUAUUCAUGUAGCUCUCUUAAAAUGCAUGAUAUACAGAGCAUAUCAUUUAAAAACGAUUUAUGUGACAUCUAUAUUAAAAAGCCAUUAAAAAUGAUCAUGCAUACUUUUGAUAAGACCUCUCAAAUGUAAUAUUAUUUUCUUUUGUUGUGUUUUUCUAAUUUUCAAUGUCGUGUCAUCAUUAAAAACCAAAAAACUGUUACGUCUAUCUUAACUAACUAAGUGAAGAAUGAUCCGGCGCAUUUUCCUUAUUUUAAUGAUCAUUUGUUUUACACAAUCAAAUUUAACACUCCGUACAUUUUUUUAAAUAGAAAUGUUAAUUAUUGUUCUGUUUAUAAGCAGUUACAUGUACAUUUCCGCUCUGUUCUAAAAAUAUGACUUUGUGGAGUGAAAUAAUUACUUUCUUUACUUACAAAGUACUCUUUGUGUUGGUUUAGCGCUUAAGGAUGUCAAUCUGUGAUUUUCAUGUUGAUCUGUCUUGAGUCGAUCUCCAUGGAGAGUUGUUAUCCCCUAUUUCCUUCUUUACUGAUCUCUUUCAUGUCUCCUUAGGUCUCCCUCUUUUUUUAUUUCCAUUGGAGCCCACCUCAUUGCUACCAUUUUGGAUGAAACUUGAGUGCAUUCUACAUACAACUGUACAUCGGCAAGCCAUUUCCAUUUUCUCGUACGUAUAUGCUGAGAUAGAGGGAUAGUGUUAUUUCUUAUACACAACUCUUUAUUCGAGAUGGUAUUUGUCCAGAAGAGGAUAAGGUGUUUAUCUUGUUUGAGAUGGCCUUCGUCACUUUCCAAGAUCCAGAACCUCAGGAGGAACCAACACAUUAUUCUCAAAGAUCUUAAUUUUUAAGUUUGUUUCGCAGUGCAGCAUGUGUCUAUAAAAAUUAAAGCUAGUACAUCAGUCAUUGAAUAAUUACUAUUGUAACCACAAAUUUUAGUCGACGAAUUAACUAGAUAAUCUUCAAUCCUUGUUUUAUUAAAUGUCGAAAGAAAAAAAACCAAUCGAGGAUCAAUUUGGUUGUUGUAUCCAUUAAAUGAACGUCUUAUAUAAAAUUAUAUAUUAUGUAAUAUCCCUUAUAAUAAGGAUUAUACCUUAAAUGAAUAGUCCGUAUAUGUGAAGUUACCUGAAGUGGUUUUUGGGACUUGCAGUUUGAAAGUUUUCAAAAAAAAAUUAUCAUCUGCCUUUUCUCUUAUACCCGACAAAAUCGGGUAAUGACAUAAACUUUCUUGAUUUCGACAAUUUCACAAAUUGGCAAAAGUCGUGCAUAUAUAAACAAAACAGAAAGUAGCAUAAAUGAAAGAAAUGUUUGGUAAUUCCAAACAGAGACAAUGUCGAUGAAGGAUUUGGGGUGUUAAAGGGAUUUGUUAAUGAAUGACUAGCAUCGCGUAACAAAUCCUUUUUUGUACACUUAACAAAAAGAAAAUUACGGCAGAGACAUAAAUAACAGAGAUUGGCAAAUGAUCGAAAUCUCGCGAAAUCCCGAGGUCCCUAUUGUUCGUAAUUUCCAGUUCUCGGACUGUGCGAGAUCUAAGAUGGCGGUUACCGACAAUGUAAACAAAACUUACCGUUAUUAAAUCUUCGUUAAAAUGCCAAUAAUUGGAGCAUGAUAUUUAGUUUUUAGUGCCAUGGGACAAAUAUAUAUAUAUAUUAUCUUUUGUCUCGCAUCAUGCAGGAACGUUAUAAAUGGUUUGGAAUUUGUUUUAAUGGGGCCCAAUAUCUGGCUUUGAUGUUCGUACGCUACAAAAAACAAAUGUUAAUUAGGCCUAAUCACACUAGUUAAUUUCUUCACAAACGAUGAUGCAGUUUGGACGAGAUAUGGUUCUUCCCUUUGAAGUGUGAAUUAAAGGAGCAUCAAUUAAGGUAUGUUUAGAUAAUUUUGAUUAUUUAGAUACUCUGUUUUGUUUUUAAUAUAUUUUUACGCAAAAUAUAAUUGAUCUUGACCACCUCUGCCUUGAACGUCCACAUGGUAAAAUGUCUAAGUCAGACUUUCUUUCUUGGGAUGAUGAUAUAGAUCUUGAUGUAUUGCUGGGAGAUUAUUCAGAGGACGAUGACAACUAUGUGCAACACAAGAAGCCCAA